UAUUGAGGACGUCGACGAUAAGUUUUGUAUCGCACAGGAGAGAUUAUCUGCUACAGACAUCAACACACUUUGCCUUAUUUUUCUACAAACUAAACAGUGAUUUUCACCGAUGUCUUGGCAUUACUAAACUGUACUGAAGAGACCAUGUAUCAGAAACUCUUUGCUUUGGUACUUGUCUGUUAUGUGGCUGAGAUGUCCAUGUCAUCUCAGCUGCAAAGUCAGAGAGAGGACGUGAUGGGGACGUACUUUCUCAUGAACAGGUAUCAGUGUGAACGACUUUGUUGGUACCGGAAACUGUGCAAGACCUAUUCUUACAUCUACAACAGGACCCUGGCCACUGAUGGUAACUGUGUUCUACAUGCUUACAAUAUCACAUCAGACACUACAAGUGGAAUGGCUAAUGAAUGGUUUGAAAGGAGCGCUGACUGGGACAAAACACUCCAAAGCAAUGGAUGUCGAAACCGCUCCUGCGAUGAUACUCAGGUGUGCGUGCCCACCUUUGCAUUUCCAUUCUACAAGUGUCUGCCUUUUGCUGCAGAAUGCCAAGCGCCCUCUCGAGAUGACGGCGUCUACAGCGAUGUGACACUAGUCCAGGGUCAAAGAACAAACUUCACGUGCAAUCCGUCUCUGGUCUGGGCUUCACGUCACGCCGACAAGACGGUCACGUGUCAAGUCAACAGCAAGUACACCGAGCUGCAAGGGACGUGUAAAAACACCACCUACUACUCACCGGUUGUUCCAUUUAACAAGCCAUUGCCAGAUGUCGUCGAAGAAGGAUGGGAGGCCUGCAUCAAGGGCAAAUACAACGGAACUGAAAGGAUGAACUUCAACUUCCAUGACAGUCAAAAUGCCUCAUGUGACGAUAACCGCGGCCCUGGGAGCAUCUACCUUAAUCUUGAUUUCUGUACGGAUUACAGUGAACGUAAUAAUUCAGUCACUGCGUACACAGCCACUUACAGCCUAGGUAAAUGUGACUGGUCACCAAAAAAGGAAAUAGGAGAUCUUCCACUAAAGCCCAAUGACUACUUUGAAAUCACUCUCAGGGUUCUCAUCAACAGUAUAAUGGAGAUUAUGUACAACAAUCGCACGACCCAACAACUCAAUCUCCUGUCAAACAAGAUAAACCUGAAAGGUGCCACCUACCUGGAGAUCAUACGCGACGUUCAACUUUUCUACGUGGAUCUUGGCAGAGGUUGUGACUAACGUUUGAAUCCAGAUUUCAGGACAACGGAUUAUCAAACAUCUUAGAGAAAAGGACAGUCAUUUGCCUGACAAAAAAGAGAUGCAAUUUAAAUUAUCACACUUCACAUUUUGUUAUUCUAGAGCUAUUUUAAAUUUGUUUGUAAGACCAUGAUUUUUUCAAUGUUUCUCAACAUCUUAAGUGAGAAUACUCACUCUGCAGAUUUUUUAUUGAUGCACUGAUAGCUCAUGUUUUUGUCAUUGUAUCAUCUGUUUGCUGACUCUCGUGUUUUUGUUCAACCGACUGUAAAUUUGUGGUCUGAAACUCGUAUCUACACAGAGAAAUGUGCUUUACUAAAUGUUGUAGUCAUUGUAAAGAUUAGGAAAUAACUGCACAAGACACUCGAACGUCCUUUAAUUUCUUUUAUUCUUAAAUCUCUAAACUAAUUGUAAUAUUAUUUCACUGCCUUGUGUAUAGUACGAAAAUGACUACAUGUAAAAAUCAGGAAAUUAUAAAGACAUUGGAAAAAAAUCUAGUUCUUUAAUUAUUUAAGAAAAAAACAUAUUCUGCAAAACUGGUUAAGGGGAAGUAAAUGCUGAGUAAAAAGUUUGUCUGCUGCUUGCCUCCCUUUUCGAAUCCUGCUGGAUGUCUUGCAGAGAGUUUUUUAAAAUGAAGAUAAGGAUGCGACAGGUGAACAAAUAUACUUUCAAUCACAACCAGUCUCCAAGAUUCAAGAUCCUUUUGACAGGUGUUAGCCUGAAGUGACCUAACUGUCACAACACUGACGUGCCCUUCAACACAUUUCAAGUCGGACGUUAACAUGGGAGUGGUUCUCUCAUUCAUGAGAUAUGAGAUACUUGAGGUGUGAUGUUUAUCAACCAAUCUGAUCUUCAUAGUCGAGCCAGAAAGAUAGGGUUAAAAAGUACAAAAUAUUAGUUCGCAAUAAAAUGAUGACAAAAUCUUUAACUUUAAAGAUUGCUUAAAAAAUGAUAAUCACGUUUAGUACGAUACUUUCUCUGGAGCUGUAUUGCCAAGCGGCCAUUGAUGUUUAGUAAAAGGUGUCCAAACUUA